CGAGCACUCUACAACUUCCGGUCAAAAUUUUUUUUUUAUUUUUUUACUGAUUUUGCUGUUUUACGAGUUAUUUCAGAACAUAGAAGGCAUAUAAAAUGUUUAAUAAAAGCAUGUUGAUUAGAAGUCUCACGAGAGGAAACUGUAUUAAAAUUUCUAAUCUUGACGGUGUACGAACUCUCCAUCCUAGAUCAGAACCUUUUGACAAAAUUGUGCAUUGCAAGAUCUGCUCUUACAGUCUAUCACAGAGAACUAGAGGACAAAACAGAUUCUACAGUUCAUCAUCACGCAUUGAACAUAAACAAAGGCCAAUGGUCUCGCAUGUGGAUGACAAUGAAAUAAAAAAAUUCAGUAAAAUUGCUCAAACAUUUUGGAAUCCUUCAGGAGAAUAUGAAGCAUUACAUUCAAUGAACAAUUUACGAGUGCCAAUGAUAAGAGACGGUUUAAUUGAACAGUGUGAAAUUAAAAAUGCAGUAGAGCCUCUUUCUGGGCUGACAUUAUUAGACGUUGGAUGUGGAGGAGGAAUACUUUCUGAGGCAUUAGGUCGGUUAGGAGCAACAGUGAUAGGCAUUGAUGCUACAGGGGACAACAUCAACGUAGCCCAGCUCCAUAAAUCCUUUGACCCUGCAUUGAGCCUCAAUGUUAAAUACAUCAACUGUUCUGCAGAAGACCUCAUUGCAACAGAGGAAGGACGGUUUGAUGGUGUAAUUGCGUCAGAGGUGGUUGAACAUGUCAACGAUCAGCCAGGGUUUAUUGAAGCUUGCUGUAAAUUAGUCAAGCCGGGAGGAUCAUUAUUUCUGACCACUCUCAACAAAACAUACUGGAGCUAUGCAAUUGGGAUAUUUGCUGCUGAAAAUAUUGCAAACUUGGUUCCUAAAGGCAUGCAUGAAUGGGAGAAGUUUGUUUCUCCCCAAGAUUUGCAGUUUCUGGUAGAUAAGAAUGGGUUCACAACGAGGCUAGUUCACGGAAUGUUUUACAAUCCCAUUACAACACACUGGAGUUGGAUUAAAGAUACCAGCAUAAACUAUGCCCUCCAUGCAGUAAAACAUGAUAUUACCUCCACUACAACACCAGAGUCAGAGACUUCAUCGUCAGAGAAAGAAACAUAGCAUUUUUCGAUAUCAUAAUUUUUUUCCAGUAUUUAUUGGAUGAAAUACAAUUAACAAAAUGUAAUGUCAAUUGCCCUAAGACAUUACAGACACAUUCACUUACACAUUGAAUACACAUUGAAUACACAUUGAAAAUCAGAUUUAAGAGACAAGUUGAUGAAUGUGAUAUAGGAAAUAUCAUAAUCGGCAGUUUCUUAUGUAUUUGACCGACUGGGUGCUGAGAAUUUCAAAUAAUCUUGCACCUGCUGAAAAAAUCUAAUGGCACCCUGUUGAAAACUGGAAACAUUAUGAAACAUUGACUUAUCUUCACUAGUUUUGGACAUUUGUGCAUCAAAAUUAAAUUGGGAUAUUUGGAAUGUUUUAUCCAACUGAGAAAAUAUUUUGAGGAGAACAUUGGUGGUUUUUCUCCAGGCCAUAUCUUAAUCAAGUUGACUUCAAUUCACAUAAGUAAUUGAUAAGUACAUGUAUACAACUUGAUUUUACAAUAUGAUGAAAUUUAAUAGUUUUGGUAAUUAUACUGAGAGUGUAGGUAAUGGGGAGUUUAAGGGUAACAGUUUAGUUGACAAGAUGCAAGUAGAAAUAAUCUU